GAAGUCCAAGUACCCCAAAAUACACUCCAGGUGAUGCGCACAUCAAUUUCCGUGCGCACUCGCGGUGCACAUUAGCGACCAAUCAAAAAUCGCCUCUCCCCGUCGGUCCGUCUUCUUCUCCGGUGAGUCUUCACCUUGCUCAGUCGCCGUCCCCGCUUCAACAUUUGCCUCUCCGAUCAUGGCAACGGCGAUCUCCUCGCCGGCAGCUUCGCCUCGCCGGUUCGUCUCCUCAAGGCGGCGGACGGAGGCGCCGCACCGGUUCUCCUCCGAUUCUCCGCCGCGGAGGAAGAUGAAAUCCAUGGCGGACAUAAUGGCGAACGCGAGAUACGCAACAACGGAACGAGACAGCUACAGUGACGUCACCUGCGAGAAAUGCGGCUCCGGGGAAGGAGACGAGGAGCUUCUUCUGUGUGACAAAUGCGACCGAGGGUUUCACAUGAAAUGCCUUAGGCCGAUCGUAGCCCGCGUCCCCAGCGGACCGUGGGUCUGUCACGAUUGUUCCGACAAGCGACGUGCGAGAAGUUUUUCUCAGAAGAAGAUUUUGGAUUUCUUUCGGAUUGAGAAGCGAAUUGAUCAUCAGGACAAGUGGGAACAUGCUCAAGAUGCCAAAAAGUAUAGAAGACGGUCGGCACCCUUAGUAAUGAAGAAGAGAAGGAGAAGGCUAUUGCCAUUUGUUCCAUCCGAAGAUCCUUCCCAGAGGCUGAAACAGAUGGGCACACUUGCUUCUGCUUUAACAGCACUCCGUAUCGAAUAUAGCGAUGAUUUAACUUAUGAGUCCGGGAUGGCCCUCCGAUCUGCCAAUCAGUCUAAGUUCGAGAAAGGUGGGAUGCAGGUGCUCCCGAAGGAAGAUCUAGAGACCCUGGAACAGUGCCGAGCGAUGUGUAGACGAGGAGAGUGCCCUCCCCUUGUGGUGAUGUUUGAUCCGAUUGAAGGUUACACAGUUGAAGCAGAUGGUCCGAUCAAGGAUUUGACAUUUAUUGCUGAAUAUACCGGGGACGUUGAUUACUUAAAGAACAGGGAAAACGAUGACUGCGAUAGCAUUAUGACCCUCCUUCUGGCGGAAAACCCAUUGAAGAGUCUUGUUAUAUGCCCUGACAAAUAUGCAAACAUUUCUCGUUUCAUCAACGGUAUCAACAAUCACACUCCGGGCGGUAAAAAGAAGCAGAACUGUAAAUGCGUGAGAUACAGCAUAAAUGGUGAAUGUCGGGUGCUUAUUGUCGCUAACCGAGAUAUCGCCAAGGGGGAGAGGCUAUAUUAUGACUACAAUGGUUAUGAGCAUGAAUACCCUACUCAUAACUUCAUCUGAGGUACACAAUGGUAAAAAAAAAAUUAACAGUUUUACAGAAUCCGGAUACAUUUUUUUGCCCCCAAAGCGUUUCUUUUCCAUUCCCUUCACCAUUUUUUUUGGUUUCACCGGUCAGUUAACGCGUUCAAAGUUUAUAUGUAGAGCUGGUAUGGCCGUUAGGAUAGAGGCAAGGUGGAGAAGAAUUUACAGUAGAAAGUGAAAGAUUUUACCUUUGAUAUGUGUUAUUUAUAACUCGAGUAAAGCAACAAAGUACCCUUUUGUUCUUAAGCUUUGGUAAUUGGUUCUCUGCAGUCUUUUUGCUCUCUCGUGUUCCAA